UGAUGCGAAGGCCACCCCAAUCUCAUAGGCAACGGUUCUGCUUUAUUACUUGGUGCGGUUUUGACAUGAUUAAUUAUGGAUUUGACUAUGAAUAAAAAAAUAUUAAAUCAACAGUCUCUAAAUUAUGGACGGCAGAAAACGGCUGAGUGGAGCCGAGUACAGGAAAGCUGCCAAAGAGAAAAGGAAAAAAGAAAGCGAUGUGCUGUCGGCGACACCGAAAUUAGAAUCCUUUUUUAGAAAAACUAACAUCAGUGAAGAUGAACAAUCAAGAGAAAUAUCAGAUGUCACUGAAGUUGGAGAGGAAGAAAACCAGCAUGACACACUUCACAAGAAAAUGAGUGCUACUGGUGUAGUGAAUGAGGAUGAAUUUGUACCUCUUCCAGGAACUUCAACUGGUCUUCAAGAAACAUCCAAAAUAUAUUGUGUUGAUGCGAAGGUAUUCGAAGCAAGCUAGAGUUCACUUGGUCAGGAGACUGUUGCGAAGAGCUGCAGUCUUCAGUAAGAAGAAUGGAACUGAAGAAGCCAAGAAAAAAUUAAAGAGAAAGGCUGACCGUCUGAUUGAAGAAAUUUUGGUUCUGAAAUGUCUGGAAGCAAAAAUAUUUUCAUCACUGAAUUGAAGAUAGUAUGAUCUUUCCAAUGAAUCGUACUGUGUUUGUUCAGCUAGAAGUCUUAUCAUCCUUGAGAAUCCAAAUUUGUCUUGAGACUAAACAUAGUAUAUUGCAAUAACUUGGAGAAGUAACCAGAAAAAAACGUAAUAAUGGAUGCUGCAUAUCAUUGUAGUUUGGCAAAGAAGAGGAAGACAAUAAAUAAUCCUAGUUGAGUCCUCUGUACCUCGUCAUCAUCUGAAAAACUAGUACUUAUCUCAUCCAUCUAGUGAAACUGACAGGAAACUUGUGGAUUGCAUAGGUGAAAUACAAUGUUAUGGUGAUGAACAAUGCGAAAAUAUAGUAAACCAGUUUGAUGAUGAUUUUAGUGUUGAUUCUAUGAGAACACAAAAGAUUGCAUGGCAUAGUUCGUGUUAUCAACGUAUAACCCAUAAAAAGCAUAUUGGACUUUUAAGAAAGAAAUACGAGGAAAGAUUAAAUGAGCCAUUGCAAGAGGCAUGUGCAUCAAUCUCUGAAAGUUUUUCUAUCAAAUUAACAAGAUCUCAAACAAGGAACUAUAUAAAAGAACAGUAUUUUUUUGUGACAAGCGAGGUUCUAGAAGACUUAAAAUAAGAAAAAAAUCUACUAAUACUGCUGGGAAAAACUUGCGCCAUGCUGUUGAACUAAAUAAUGAUGACAUUUUACGAGUACGGCUUAGCGAAGCUGUAGACCCAAAUGACGCUCAUGCAAUUGACGUGAUGUACCACCCUAAAUGCUGGGCAAAAAAUGUCACUAACAUCCUUCGACCGAAGAAUACGGACACAAAUCAACAGAUUAAGUAUGUUGCUUCAAUGGCAGCAUGUGUAGAGUUUAUAAAUAAAUAUUGGAGCAGGAAAAAUAUCUUCAGGAAAAAUAUUUGGAAUGGAUGUCCUGGAAGAAACGUAUUUAAAUAUUUGUUCUUCAAACAAUGUACAGCGUAAUGCUAUGACACACAAACAACUUAAAGUUUUCAUUGAAACAGAACUAUCAGACAAAGACAGUGAAUUCUCUCGUCCAAACCAGGCUAACAAGCCGCAAAGAGUUUCAGUGAACUGUACUAGAGACAAACUGAUUGCUGAAGCGGAAAGUUGUGGCGAUGAAAUGAUGAGAGAAUUGAAUGUAUUGCUUGAAUCUGCAAGCAUUAUAAGAAAACACAUUUUUAAAGCAAAAUCAUGGACAUUUGAUGGUAUUAUUCCAGAAAGUCUCACAGAAAUUGUUCCACAAGAAAUUGAAAUGUUCUUUAAAUGGUGUAUCGCAGGGAAAAAUACCAUUAAUGAAAAUAAAAUAUCAAAGAACGAAGAUGUACAGAGACGAGCAAGCAAUAUGUCACAGACGCUCAUGUCAAACUGUGUUUCUCGAAGACAAGUAGAAAACAAAACAUCUUUAAGUUUCCAUCACAGUCGAGAACUAUCUCUUCAGGUGGCUUGUGGAUUAACUAUUCAUAAUACAACACAAAGUCAGUCUUUGAUCAAACUCAUGUAUAACAUUGGUUGCUGUAUUGAUUACUCAAGAGUCCUGAGAAUUGAAACAGAUAUUGCAAGAAGUGUGGUUAAUAGGAUUAUUAGUAGGGACAUGCAAAUUUCGCAUUUACGAUAAAACGAAUUUUUACGCGAAAUUUGUAAGUUUAACACGAAUAACCUCACUUUUACAUAAUUUCUGAUACCUUGAAUUUUUUGUGCGAAAUACGUCUGUUUACCACGAAUAACCACACUUUCCCGCCGUUUGGUAACUUAAAAAAAAAAAUAAACAGCCGUUGUCACCACUGAUAACACCAUCAACGUAAAGACUACACUUGCCAAUGUUUACGUUUUAUUAUUUAUUUGAUACGACGCGUUCUUGGCGAACUGCACUCGUGCACUAAUACGCUCACGUUCUCUCGAAGGCAUGUUUACAGAGUCAAAGAGUAAUGUACAGCCAUUUUGUUGGAUAUUUUGUGCAUUACAGCGCUUGUGUCGCGAAGCAAAUUAUAAAUUACGCUCAACUGUUCAUCUUGCAUCUACUAUGGACUAUGCAAACUGUUUUAAUUUGUUCUCUUAUACUGUAAACAGACUUAACAAUUACGUUUUAUUUUUAAGAAUGAUAAUUUUCGUUUAAAAAUGUUGUAUACAGUGCAACUAUUUUAUAAAAACUGUAGUUUGUGAUAGAAAACAGAUCCAAGCAGACUUGACUUUGAAAACCCUUAACUGCCUUUGAUCCAAAAAAAUAUUUUGAUUUCAGACAUGAUCCCUAUUUUGCUUGCUAAGUUGUGUAACGUUUCUACUCUGAAAGAAAUGGACCGCCAGGAGCUGAUCACCGGUUUUGGAGAGUUGAAACAGAUAGUUGAGAAACAAAUGAAGGAAAGUAGUGUGGAUGUAGUGAAGGCACUUCAAGUUGUAAAACUUUCACAACCUGAAUUUUCUGACAGGUGCCUGGAAGCAGUGUGGAUGUUGUGUGCAAACGUUGAUUCGGAAUGCUUCUUGUUACAAUACAAUAAUGUUCUCACUGACAAGAGAACUAAUUUGAAAUAAGAAAAUUUAGCUACAAUGGCUAUUAUUUCAUUUGAAAGUUAAACGUUGUGUCAAAGUACUUUGCUUCUGAAAUUAUUGGGUUGACUUAAUUUAGAAUCUGAGUUCUUAAACUUGUGUCUUUUUAACCUAUAUUUGUGUAAUUUUAAUUUAUAAUGUUUCAACUGAUGGUGCAAUUAUAUUACAAUGUUCUCUUCAUAUUUCUUAUACUUGAAAUCGCAAAAAUUAAAAAAAAAAUAAACCCGCUUUUAGGUAAAAAUAACACCACUUUUCAUCACAAAAUAAACACACCUUUUGCAUGUCUCUAAUUAUUAGCAAUGAUGGCGUAUACAUACCACCAGAUUUGGUUACUGACAGGUUUAUACAUUGUUCUAUGGACAAUAUUGACUUUUGUGAAGACACCAUUUAUGGAAGAAAGACAUUUCAUGAGACAGCUGUAGCUGUUUACCAAGAUGUAAAAGAGUCAGAUCGGCAUGCUCCAAUAUCAUUGGCCUCAUCAAAUAAUUUGCCAUUACCAAAUCUUGAAGAUGCCUUACCAAAAAUACUGUAUUGUACAAAACCUGCGAACUGGAAUACAUGUUGUCCAGAACCAGUCAUUUCCAACAUUGUCCAAAAAUAUGGUGAAUUACUUAAAAAAGCAAUAUGUUUUGACAGUGUUUGGUUCCUGUUACGAAGAUCCAUAUUGAAUGGUAAUGAUAUAUCUAUAUACUCUGCCACAUGGAUAGGGUAUAACAGCUAUUUAGGAGAUGUUAAAUGUGUUUCCAGAGUUUCAUUGCUGCCAGUAAUUCCAGAGCCUCCAACCAAUAGUUCUGUUCAGUUAACAGUUAUGAGGCUGCUUGAAAAACUAAACAUAUAUGUGAAUAAAACGACAAACAAAGUCGUUGUUACUGCUGACAUGGCAAUUUAUAAACCUUUAAAGCAGUUUGAAAUGGCAAAAGAAGAUUGCAAGGGCAAAUGGAUAUUGAAGCCUGGAGAACUGCACAUAAUCAUAGCUCAACUUAGAACAAUUGGUGGAAUACCAGAGCUGUGGGUGGAAUGUGAUUUGUACUCCUCAGUGACUAUGAAACAAAUACUGGAGGGAAGACAUGUAAGGAGAGCUAUUGAAGCCCAUUUAACAACUGCAACCACAUUAAAUAUUCUUCUUCUAGAAGAAUUUGACAAAGAACGACCGGGAAAAAUUACAUUGUUACAGCCUCUACUGGAUGAACUGGCAGUAAGUUUACAAUCUCACAAUGAAACCAAUAUUAAACAAAAACAUGAUGCGGUAAUGUCUUUCAUUAAAGAAAAUAGGAUACUUGAAGAAAUAAAAAGAUUUGUGAGUUGUAGGAAAUCAGUGGAACCGGUCUUCAAGAUGGCAUGUUCAUGUGUGGAUAUGGUACAGUCUAUGUUGUGCUUUAUCAGAUCUGUUAGAACAUCUUAUUGAAAUCUCAGCCUGGCUGCUCUUCAUGACUUUCUGAAGUAUUUCUUUGCUCUAAAUAGACUAAAUUAUGCAAGGAUGAUUUCACUGUAUCUUGCUGAGAUGUAUAGAUUACAAUCAACAGAUCCAGAUAUCUGGAAAAACUUCAUAGAGGGAAAAUGGGUUGUCAAUCGUAAUGUUGUACCAUUCUGUGCCCUAGGUGCAGAUGAAGCUUUAGAGCACCAAAACUGUAAAUUAUAAGUGAAAGGAGGACUGGUAGGUAUUACACAAAAUUAUAAUGCCAGAAAUAGUUUCUUCCUUGUAAAUCCCUAACUGAACAGAAUUUCAAAUGAGACAGAAAUAUUGCUUGGGAUGAAAACUGGUGGACAGACAAAACACCAUGGGCUUCUAGAUACUGCCCAAAAACGCCAGGAUCGCAAUGUAUUGAAACUCAAAGAUGCAUUUAUAAAUUCUACCAACCCUUUUCAGUGUAAAAACCAACAACUCACCCACAUUCUUACUCAAAGCGUGUUCCCGGAAGAUGUGUAAGAUUUUGUAAGUAACAUAGAAGAAGUGGGUCAAAAGUUAGAGGAAUCUUUUAUGGCAGAGUGUGUAAAUAGCAACAAAACACAAUUUUGGUCUCCAAUGAAGAAAUAUCCCACAAAAACUUGUAAAGCAUCAGCGAAAAAGGUUGAAGUUGUCCUUAAAGACAAAAUAGUAUAUAUGAAAAGAGAUCUCUCACUUAUGUCUAGGCUAUUGAUAGCAUCUCGAAGCAGAGAUGAUAUUGACAUAAAGUUCAAUAUGAGCAACUACGAAUUUUCACCCCUCCCAAAAUAAUUGUUUGCUUGUGAUGGGAAAAUGGAUCAUUGUUCCAACAAAUCAAAUCUUGCAGCGAUUUUGGAGUCAUUGCCCUCAAAUGAAGAACAGAUUGAUAGAAGUUCACCACUAUCACAUCCAAAAGAAGACUAACAAGGAUCGGACAAAAUCGCGGCUAUAUUUGAUGGAAUGGCUCUACUGCCCACUUACAAUAAGCCUAACACAGUAAAAACGUGUCACGAUCUAGGAUUGCACUUAAGCGAGUGGAUUGGUAAAAAAUUCAAUGCCUAUAAUUCAGUACAUAUUGUGUUUGACAUGUAUAAGGACAAUUCAUUAAAAAAUUAAAUGAGAUGUAUUCGGCAACUGAGCAUGAUCCCAUCCGUUACAAAAUAACGCCUGGAAUGAUAGUUAGCAAAACUUCAAUGAAGAAUUUGCUUGCUCAUAAUAAAAACAAAGAUGAGCUAACAGAGUUCCUAUCUAGUCACAUAUUACAAUGGGGAGUGAGCAAUAACAAGACAUAUAUAGUUAGUUGGAGGGAUCAAGCUGCAUCAUCAGAUGGAACAGAUGUUUCAAGCCUUCGGACCACACAGGAAGAAGCAGAUACAAAAAUCAUACUUCACGGAGUAUACGUAUCACAACAUGGAUACAGAACAACGCACGUUUAUUCGCCAGAUAAGGAUGUUCUGGUUUUAGCCUUAAGGCGAUUUCCUCAAAUGACAUUACAAUUUGGAAUUUUCCUUGGCCAGGGUCAUUGGGAUUACUCAAGUCUGCUGCUCUCCCUGGACUUCAUGCCUUAUCAGGUUCAGAUGUCACUGGGUCAUUUGCCAAUAAAGGGAAGCUUAAGUGGUGGAAAGCAUUUAAUUUCAUUAACGAUGACCUACUAGAGGCCCUAGCAAAGCUUGGUACAACACCCACUCUUCCAGAUGAUGUCAGAAACGCUUUGGAGUCAUUUAUUUGUCAAUUAUAUAUUCCAAAAACUACAAUGACUGAGAUUGGAGAUGUGCGAUGGUGGAUUUUCACAAAAAAACAACGUCAAGAUGAAAAUCUUCCACCAACAAAAGCUGCUCUAACUCCAGCACUGUUAAGAGCUCAUCUUCAGGCACUUGAGUGGAAUCAAGAUAUCAAACAAAACCCAGUCAUACCGUCACCACUCAGCUUCGGAUGGACGUACGUUGGAGGAACGAUUGAACCAAUCGUGUGCACCUUGCCUUGUGUUCCAGACCUUAUGGCAGAGCUUUGUAGUUACACUUGCCCCCUACGUCGCUGUUGUCCACCAUGCACCUGUCUCACGUAUGGACUAAAGUGCACAGAAAUGUGUACAUGUGAAGGCGAUCCAGAACUAUAUGGAAACUCUAAGGAUACAGAAGACAUAGAUGAAUGCAAUGAAUCAACUAUAGAAAGUGAUGACGAGAUUUAGAAUGUAGAUUUUAUUUGAUAAACCUUGCUUUAGUAAAAUGCAGUAGACGUAUGUUAGAUAUUUUUGUAAACUUUGAAGUCUACUUAUGUUUUAGAUAAUGUAAUUAAUUUGAAAAAGUUAGUAUUUUUUCUUUAAAGAAAAAAACACUGUGUACUUUUUGGAAAACCAAAUCAUAAAUUAUUCAUUUAAAAGCCGAAUUUCUGUGUUAGUGGUCAGCCGUACACAAAAUACCCUAAGAACAUGUUUUGUGUAUAAUUUAAUACUGAAUAAUUUUUGUAAGAAGUCGCUUUGUCGUAAAUAUUGUAUUUUGCGAGCUAAACAUGAAAAACCAAUACCAUGUACGGCAGAGUGGCUGCCAUUUUGUUUUUUGUGUAUAAGAUUAAUCUGCCACUAGUGUCUCCUGUCCACCAUACAAAUACUGAUUCUCCAUGUUAUAACGAAGAGAUUAAUACCACUCCCAUGCUUGUAUCAUCAAAAAUCCCACGGGACAUAGUUUUUGUACAUUUGCAAGCGCACUAUGAUUGUUAAGUUCUGAUACUGUAUUUAUGUCACAACUUAGCCGAAAUACUGGUACGAGACAAACUUCACAAGAUAAAAUGAGGAGUCUUGGUAACUGUUUUAUACGUAUUUUAUAAUUUCGGAAGUAUUGUAUAGUUGACGCAUAUUUUUUAAACAAACAAUUUAUUUCUGGGGAUCGUAAUUAAUUAAUUAUUGGUAUCAAGACAUCAAGAUGAACGUAAACUUGAACAUGUCACGGCAGCGAGAAAACUGGUGUGUAUACCAAUAAACUGGUAUUAGAACUUGACCAAACUGGUACACGGGAGGUGGAGCUUAUAUUUUUUUCCGUUAAGCUCGCAUCUAUUGGCUGGCUGCUGAUGGAAGGUCACGAGUCUGGGCGGAGCGUUGAGUGAGUUAUACUGCGCAUGCGCAGCUCAGUGUACAAAGAGAGCCAGCCGGCACGCCGUAACAGCAGCUGAUCGAGUACAAUGACCUUUCUCUGCGCACAGCGCGCUAUUGACGGUGAAUUUCCAUCAAUUUGCGGCACUUUUUUUAAUUUUUUUUUACUGUGGUGCAAUGCGUAUGUGUAAUAAAUUACCGGUGCGACCUAUAUGGGGGGAAUCUUAACUACCAAAUUCAAGACCUCAAAUUAUGGGUGCGAUCUAUCUGCGAUGGCGACCUAUAUGCGAGUAAAUACGGUAUAUACUGUUUUUGUUGUGUUUAAGCAACACAAUGUUUUGAAUGGGUUUUGGUGUUUCAAAUUUAUCUUCCUGGCCCGUUUUGGUAUUGAUUACCUUAAUAUGUGUUUGAUAGAUUUCCUUAGCUGCCUGUAAUAUAGGUUCUGUUAAUACAUAGUCCUUACUCAUGUUUGUUUGUAGAACUUUUUCUUUGUUCAAGGUGGGGUUACCUAGAUUUUCGUAAACGUUUUGUAGUCAUUGCAGUUUCUGUGAAAAUAUUUAGCAAUAGUGGUAUGUAUCUCACUUUCUUUGUUUUCGUCCAGGAAUAAUGCAUCUACAAGAGAAUGAAAAAUUGAUUUGGAUUGUCCAUGGCCAGGUAUUACUAUAUAUUCCUUAUUUCCCACACAUCUUUUCGUCCGUUGUUGGCACACGUGAUAGUGCGUCUGGAAUUUUAUUAUUCACGCCUUUAACUAUUUUUGCUUUGAAAUCAAACUCCGCAACUGAUGUGACAAAUUUUUGUAUCCGCUUAUGAUGUUCUGUCAUGCUUCUUAAGUAUAUCAGACUAGCAUGGUCUGUCUCAAUAGUAAAAUGUCUGCCAUAUAGAUAUUGCUUAAACAGAUGGCAGAAGUAUUUUAUUGUGCCUAGUUCGUGUUCUGUUGUUGAAUGGUGAGUUUCACUUGGUGUAAGUUUCGUAGACGCAAAUGCUAUAAUGCGACGUUUUCCGUGUUCAUCCUUUUGCAUUAAGGUUGCUCCUAUCGCCGUUUGUGAUGCGUCACAUGCUAAAAUAGUUUCUCUGGUUUCAACAAAUUUUUCUAAAAGUGGUACGGCUGAGACUGCCUGUUUUGUUUGAAGGCAGUUUGCUGCUGUACCCCCCAUUGGAGGUGCACUUGCAUUUUUGUAAUCUCUAUUAGUGGCUCUGCUACAGUUGCAUAGUUUUUUAUAUACCUCCUCAAAUACGAAGUCAUACCCAGAAAUGACAGCAGCUGUUUUUAAUGUUUUUUGGCUGUGUCAUAUGCUUAAUGGCUUCCACCUUGUCUGUAUCUGGUUUGAUUCCGUACAGUGUUGUACAAUGUCCCAAUAUUUUUAUUUCAUCCUGCGCAAAUUUCCAUUUGGCAGGAUUAAUGUUUACUUAAAACUCGUAUGUUGAAUAUAUCCUGCAAAUUUUGUAGGUGUUCAUCGAACGUGUCCCACAUUGCAAAAAUAUUGUCCGCAUAUGCUAUCACGGAGUGCCAUCUAAUUGGUUCUAAUAAAAUAUCAAUAAACUCUUUGUAAUAACUGGUGAGUUCGAAAGCCCCAUUGGCAUCCUGUUAUAGUGGUUAAGCCCUAUUUUGUCAAUAGUGAAGGCUUACUUAUUUUCCUUCCGUACAGGUAUGGUAUAAAAUCCUGAAAAUAGGUCUAGCGAUGUGAUGUAUCGUGAAUUUUGUAAUGCCUGAAGUAUAUUGUCUGUUCGUGAUGUAGGGUACGACAUUUUGUUGACCAAUUUAUUUAGAAGGUGAAAAUCUGUGAGAAAGCGUAUUCCGCCACUUUUCUUUUGUAUCACAAAUGGUGGUGCUGCGUAAGCACUGUCCGACCGCUCAAUAAUUCCAACUGCCUCCAUUUGCUGCACCUGUGUUACUAACGCAUCUCUAACUUUUGGUGCAAUUCUAUAUGGUCUUGUGUGGAUUGGUUUGCCUGUUAUUAAAUCAAUUUUUAUUUGAUAAUGUUUUGUUUCUGUUAUAUCUUGAAUUUUGUAUGCAAAGUGAUCUUCAUUUUCUUUUAUGAUCUGCCUUAACUUCACUUGUUCCUGCUGCGAUAGCUUUUUAUUGAUACCUUCGUAUGGUGACUUCGCUUGUUCUACCUGAAUUUCUUCUGCUCUACGAAUGCAUUUUUUUAACGAACCCACAUAUGUUUGUGGGUCCUCAUUUACCAUCUGUAUUUGAAUCAGUUUCUGGGAUUUUGCUGUUUCCAUUACAAUUAUUCCUUCCUUCAUAAAUGGUACCAUGUUGUACUGCUUAAGAAAGUCACAAGGAUUAUAUCUAAACUUAGGUUUUUGAUUACUAGAAAUGUAUGUGUUUAUGAAUGUCCUUGUAUAAUAAAUGUUAAUUUAACCUGGUGUGUGGGGGUCGGAAGUGAUUCUGUAGCUCCUACGAGUGUAAUGUUUUCUUUCAAUGGUUCCAUUAUUUGGCUCGUGACUAUAGUGGGUGUGAUGCAACUACGCAUACUACCGGUGUCUAUCAGUGCAAUCCUAGUUGCGUCUCUUAGUUUGACAACAACCUUAGGCAUUCUUCGUGUUUCAUUUUGUUGUUCCCGUAUAUGGCCAGCUGAUUUUCUCCCCUUCUCGCUACGACCUUGUUCUUCUGACUUGUUACCUCCCCUCUUGCUGUGGUUCGCGUUCUGAGGUGCGCCGUGUCUGAUGUCGCUGUGUCAUCGGGUUCGCUGCGGCCUUUCCUAUGCACGCCGAGCUCUCUCCGUUUCGACGUCAGGUGUUUGUUUUGUAAGCCAAGCUUACGUUGGAAUUCCUUGAACCUUUGCGACACAUUUGUAUGCCACUAGAAAUCUUCAGUGGGAAAUAAUGGGUUUUGAUUAAAUGAUUACCUGUGUAAAAACACAUUGCACAUGUAUCCUGGGAUUUGCGGUGUCUUUUUAUAUGUACACUCGGUGCUGGUUUCUCGUUCUUUGAUGAAAUCGUUCUGCCAUCUUGUUAUGACUCUUGGGUUUUUUCUUGCUCAAUAUUUUCCAUUUGAGCUUGCCCAUUAAUUUAUUGGUUUUUCUUGUAUUCUGGAAUUAUUCCUGUUUCUCGUACAUAGUUUUGCUUUUUAUGUAACGUUAGGGUUCUUGAAAAUGUUAUUUCACUUACAGGCUCUUCAUGUGCCAUUCUUUUGGGCGUCUGUUUCAUCAUUACUUUAUAUUGAUUACUAUACAGGGAAAUACAUUUAUUGUCAGGCGUAGCAUUUUACCUGCUAAUUUGAGCAUAGCUACUUUUUGUUUGCGAUCAAUUUCCGUUAGUUUGCUUUUGCUUUGGGAGUGUGGAAAUCACUCUUUUCACUCCCUGCCAUGCUCGUUUUUUGAGUGGUGUUCGUAUGACCUGUCGUUAUUUGUGUAUUUACUAUUUCCCCAAUUUCUAUCUCCAUUCUCACUUCUAUAACCUCUAUUUAUACUCCUCCAUUGUCUGUCUUUGUAUCGUCUUCGUCCAUCAAACGUCUUCUUGUUUGUCUCUUCCUUUCUCCUUUCAGUUCUUCGUGUAUUUUGCGCCUUUUUUCAUAAUUCGCACGCUUCUCUUUUCUGGGACUCUCGCUAUCGUAUCGCCUCCGCGACUGCCUGUAAUGCGUCUGUUGCGUAUUGUCUCGGGUGUGCUGUCACUGUGCGCAACUGUUAUUAUGAGAGACUGGGGCGGUUAGCUUCUGAAUACCGACCUACCUGUACUGAAUGUUCUACCUCUGACUCUUUCCUCUGCGGGCCUCUGCUUUGGCAUGCUUAUGUUUUUACGUGUGUGUCUCACUGUGUGUUCCGUUUCAGACUGACUUUGUCGAUUUUUAGAUUACGUAGUUCUUCUUUCAGAUGAUUUAUUUCUUUUUCUGAGAACUCCGUAGUAUGAGCUGUGUUCGAUAUUGGCUUUGUAUUUGCUAUUUCCCACUUCUGUUUUUUCUCAAACAUGCCUUCAUGUCGUCUAAUGUACGAAUGUCUUGCAAGAUCAGUUUGUCUACAACAGAUGGUAAUAAUGAAUUCCACAAAA